UAAUAAUGUUAAACUUUUAGAUGCUAAAAUUGGCAACACUUGUGUGAUUUCCAGUUUUGGUGAAUUGCUUGGUGAAAUUGCUUUAUUGUAAAUGAAAGACGUUUUCGUAAGAAAAAUAAGGGAAUUUUAAAAGUUUAAAUGGUUUUAUAAUAUUAAUUAUAUCAUGCCUUCCGCAUCAGCAAAACUUGAGAAGCAAACUUCGCUUGACACUAACGAUCCUGUUAAGCAAGUUAUUACUGUGGUAGAAAAGAAAGUGCGGAAUCUUGAAAAAAGAAAGGGCAAAUUAGAUUCCUAUAAAAGUGAUUCUCAGAAAGGCAAAGAGUUAAAUGAAGAUCAAAAAAAAGCUGUUGAGAAGUAUGACCAAGUUGUGGAAUUAUUAGAAUUUGCUAAGGAUCUCCAGAAACAGUUCCAGACUGUGAUUCAAGAUUGCACAAAAGCUCAAAAAAGAGCUGCUAAGCUUGAACUUUUGGAGCGUCAGCAGUUGGAACGCCAAAGAAUAAAAGAAUUCUUAAUGUAUCAAGAUCUACUUAGCAGCAUGGGUGGUGAGGAUGUCAGGCAAGAUUUCUUAGAAGGGAACAAAGGAGCAGUUAAACUUUCUGAGGAGGAAUUAAACAGCAUUGAUGAGCUCUAUAAAAUUAUCUGUCCAGAACGAGAUCCAGAAGUUGAAAAUGCAGAAUUUGAUACUUUUCUAAAUACGUCAGCCGAGCAUAUUCAAUCGUUGUUGGAUGCAAAGAAUAAAGAAGCAUUUGGCACAACGUAUAAGUCUCUUAGGGAAAUGUUACAGAAGAUCCACAACUGUAGCUAUUUUAAUAAGUCAGAGGUAGAACCUUUGAAUGAAGAAGCUGAAAAUUCCAAUGAUUCAGAGGAAAAGGAAGAUGAUAAGAAUUUAACGGAAGAAUAUGUUCACCCUGCUGAAACAUAUCCAUCUGCUCAGGUGGAAGAUUUUCCAGAGAAAAGUGAAUCCCAAGUGGAACCUCCUCCAUAUUACCAAAUUGAAAACCAACCAAUUUAUUCUGCUGAGCAACCUCAUCCAAUACAAGAAGUCUUAUCUGUUCAAGGAAAUUUGAAUUUCUUGCAAGAAUCACAGAUUGAAGUGGAAUCUUCUCUUGUAAAAUCUCAAAUACCACCUUCACUUUCAUACACUGAGUAUUCUGCACCACCUCAGCCAAUGCCUCCUAAUCUUGUCCAACAACAGCGAACACGCAGAACAAGUGAAGAAACCAGUCAUCCUGUCACUGCAAAUAUUGCAUUGGCAACUGUUCCAUCUCCACAAUCUAGUAUUCCUCCUGUUUUGCAACCAACCACUCAGCCCAUAGAUUUUGAUCCAGCUAGGCCAAUCCCAACUCAGACUUACACCAAUCAGAGUUUUACUUCAGCAAUCCAUCCAAUGAUUGCGGUGCCCCCCAGCUACGUUCCUGUGACGCACUCCAUUUCUCCAGCUCACGUUCUACCUGCAAACAUGGUUUUGCCUCAAAGGAGUUCUGUUGUGGUUACAAAUUCUUUACCUUCAUCGGUGAGUGGACUUUCAACUGCAUCAGCACAACAGGCAAACAUCUAUUCGCUUUGCUUGAAAAUGGAUCAACUUGGCACAGAAAGCCCUCAAAGUGCACCUUCAACUCAAUUUGACUGCAAUGAAAUUCCAGAAAGCAAUAUAACAAAGCAGCAGUCUUUUGGGAAUGGAGGUGAGGCUCUUGGAGAGAGUAGAUCUAGAGCAGGCAGCAAUCCCUAUGCCAGAGGAUCGAGCCAGAUGGAAUACAGAAAUGAUAGAGCAUACCAAAGUACAAAUAAUAGUCAGGCUUAUAUGAAUAGAGAAAGCUUUGCUGAUAAUUCAAGCUAUAGUAGCAAUUUAAAACGAGGUUUAAGUUCUCAAAGAGGAUCAAGGAGUACUGGCAAUGCCCCAAGAGCUGCUGCUAAUAAUCUACGUGGUGGUCGUGUUGGUUACAGAAACUAAUGAACUUUUGUGAUUCAUUGGCUGUUUUUUGUUAACUUUUCCCAUCUGGGAAAUCUAUUCUAUUAAUGGCUGUUGGAAAUCUAUGCAAUGAAUGGAAUUGUUAUUGCCUAAAGUGAGUGACUCACUAAAAGUGGUGCUUCCAAGAUAGGAGUAUAAUAAGUGUUUGCAAUAGCAUGCUCUUCAUUUUUUUUUUAAGCAUUUGUUUCUGUGUUUACUUUCUUGCGUAGAAUUAUAAUCAACUUUGUGUUCAUUUUUUGACCAUCUUAAAAAUUUUUAAUUUUUUUUUUAUUUUUUAAAAUAGACUAUUCCAUUUUUCGUUCGGGACCAUUUCCCUCCGUUAGGGAUGUGUAUGAUGGUGUUUAUACUAGGCUAUGUAGAAAAAAUCAAGAAACAAAUUCAAUGAAAUUUUUUCAUUUUAGAGAAGCUGUAUAAAUGAAUUGUUAUGAAAUGAUUGCUUCAAUUUAAGGAUUGUAAUGAAUGGAUAGUAAUUUUUGAUAUGUGUUAGUAUUUUUCUAUUGAAAACAACUCUACGAAGUCACCUUGUACACUUAGUUUUACAUUAAAUGUUAAUUUGUUGAUGCCUUUUUCCUUAAAUAUGAGCACAAACACUCUCAAUGUAUGAUUCUUUGAAUAGUGAGAAUAAAAUCAUAAGAUUUUUCUUUUU